GGUCGCCCAAGGACGUCCACCACUCGAAACCUGUCUCACUUCGAGCAUGUGGAGAGGAGACGAGGGAGGAGAAGUUCAAGACUUCCGACUGCAACUCCGGACAAUGAUGGAAAUACAGGUGGUGCCCCGAAUGUGAAUGCACAAACCAACUUCGAGGAUGAGACGGAGCCGAUCCAUAAUGAUACAGAUGGUGCACCGAAUGGGAAUGCACAAACCAACUUCGAGAAUGGGACGGAGCCGGUGAUCCAUAAUGAUACAGAUGGUGCCCCGUGGAGGGUUGCUCGGAUUCCCAAUACUAGUUGGAAGAAUUACCCAUGGCUACAUUGUUUGGAAUCCUACGUGCAACGACUAGUUCGUGGUUGGUUCAACCCUAUUCCAGAUGGACACUGUGGAUUUCGAGCUAUAUCACAAGCAGCUACUGGGGACCAAAGGAAUUGGCCACAAAUGAGACGCGCUGUUCUAGAGGAGCUUGAAUCCCGU